AUGUCCAAACCAACAUCUCUGCUUCCUGCAUCUUUGCGUCGCCAAAGAGUGAUACUUCAUAUUGAUCUUGAUUGUUUUUACGCACAAGUAGAACAAGUUCGACUUGGAAUUCCUUCAGAAGAACCGUUGGCCGUGCAACAAUGGCAAGGCUUGAUAGCAGUCAACUACGCGGCACGCAAAGCCGGAAUUCAGAGACACUGCACAGUUGAGGAAGCACGUGCAAAGUGUCCUAAUCUGAGACUUGUCCAUGUAGCCACAUACGCCAACGGCGAAUUGGAACCAAAAUACCACCCUGAUCCACAUUAUGCAACCCACAAAGUAUCUCUUCAGCCAUACAGACGUGCAAGUGCCAGGAUCUUUGAGAUAUUUCAAAGAUUUUGUCCGGAUACAGUUCAACGUGCUAGUGUUGAUGAAGCGUUUAUUGAUGUGACCGACCAUGUGAAUACGAAGUUAUCGGAAAGGUUUUUUAGUUCGGCGGCACUAUCUUUGUUUGUUGGUAGCGAGGAUGAUGGCGAUUCUACCGAAAAGUCACCACCUGAAAUUAAUUGGGAUGGGCUAGGCGUUGUGUAUUCUUCGUCAUCAUCAACAACUCAAGAUAUCGUCGCGUCAUCUGCUGAUGAUAACAUCGAGGAUCAGGAAAGGGCAUCUUUGUCAUCUUCUUGGGAUGACUGGCAACUCGUAGUUGCAGCUGAAUUGUCAUCAGAGAUUAGAGCAACCGUUUUCAAAGAACUAGGUAUUGCGCAUAACAAGACGUUAGCAAAACUAUGUUCGGCACUAAAUAAACCGAAUAACCAGACCAUUCUAAGAAACAGUGAAACAAUGAAUUUUAUGCAAACCAUUCCUUUUCAUAAAAUUCGUAACCUUGGCGGGAAAUUAGGAACAGAAGUUGAGAAUGUAUUGAAAAUUGAGACUGCUGGAGAUUUAUGGAAAUUUUCAAUAGAAGAGUUGCAAUCUAAAUUUGGAAUGGCCACGGGGAUUUGGUUGUAUAAUAUAUGUAGGGGCAUAGAUACAGAAGAAGUAACCCAAAGAAAUAUCUUAAAAUCAAUGAUGGCCUCGAAAUCAUUUCGACCGCCAGUAACGAAAAUGUCACAGAUUGAGCACUGGGUAAAUAUUUUGGGCGUCGAAUUGUACACUAGAGUUAAAGAUGAUUAUGAAAUUAAUCAACGAUGGCCGAAAAAUUUGUUGGUUCAUUACAAAUGCAGCACACAUCCAACUCCCCGAUCCAAAUCUUCAUUUUUUCCACAUCGCAUAAGUCUGACCUCCCCAGACGUCAUCUCGAGAAAACUAUUAACACUGUUCAAAAACUCAGAUUACGAAUUUCCUUGUUCUAAUUUGUCAGUUGGUGCUACCGGUUUAACAAAGGACGAUAGUUUGGGCGUUAUGGAUAUCUCAAAGUUCUUUUUGAAGCGUAACGUUAACUCUGAAUCCGGAGGUGGUGAUGGCGUGGUAAAUCCUUGCAAUAAUCUUGCCGGAGAAGUUUUGAUAAAAAGCUCCUCAGAUGAAAACACGGGUAAUAAAUUUCUUCCUACGGCAGAAAAUGUUAAUAAGUAUGAGAUAUCCGAAAAUCAUAACAAUACUGUUAACACUCCAACAGCAACCACAAGUUCAAAUCAGAAAAAUAUAAAUAAAACGAUAGUUAAGAAAGCCGCCUCUGCCAAAAAACCUGUUUCGAGAAAUUCUGCUGACAUAGGAAUACUAAAAUUUUUCGACAAUGCAACGGCUCCUCGCGAAAUAAAACCUGCUGCCGAUGAUUCUCAUAUGAAAAAGAUUGUACCCGUUACACUAUUAGAUAAAUCUAUUAAUACUAUUCUUACUGGCAAUAAUGCUGCUGCUGCCGAAUCAUCAUCUUCAUUGUCAACACAAUGCCAAAAAUGUGAUCAAAUGAUUUUCCCGCAUCAGAUAUCUGAGCACGAGGACUACCAUCUCGCACUCGACUUACAACGCGAAUAUCGUAGUAUUGAUCGAAAAAGAAAUCAGAAACAAGUAAUGAAGGAAGAACGGAAAAAACGACGGAAAGUAGAAUUGGCAGACUUUUUUGAGACAAAGGAAAGAAAAUAA